GCUCCAAGAAAAAACAUGGCUGCAAAGGAAAAACUGGAGGCAGUGUUAAAUGUGGCCCUGAGGGUGCCAAGCAUCAUGCUGUUGGAUGUCCUGUACAGAUGGGAUGUCAGCUCCUUCUUUCAGCAGAUCCAAAGAAGUAGCCUCAGUAACAACCCGCUUUUCCAGUAUAAGUAUUUGGCUCUUAAUAUGCAUUAUGUAGGUUAUAUUUUAAGUGUUGUGCUACUAACCUUGCCCAGACAGCAUCUGGUUCAGCUUUACCUGUAUUUUUUGACUGCCCUGCUCCUCUAUGCUGGCCAUCAAAUCUCCAGGGACUACGUCAGGAGUGAACUGGAGUCUGCCUAUGAAGGACCAAUGUAUUUAGAACCUCUCUCCAUGAAUCGGUUUACCACAGCCUUAAUAGGUCAGUUGGUGGUGUGUACUUUAUGUUCCUGUGUCAUGAAAACGAAGCAGAUUUGGCUGUUUUCAGCUCACAUGCUUCCUCUGCUAGCACGACUCUGCCUUGUUCCUCUGGAGACCAUUGUUAUCAUCAACAAAUUUGCUAUGAUUUUUACUGGAUUGGAGGUUCUCUAUUUUCUUGGGUCUAAUCUUUUAGUACCUUAUAACCUUGCUAAGUCUGCAUACAGAGAAUUGGUUCAGGUAGUAGAGGUAUAUGGCCUUCUAGCUUUGGGAAUGUCCCUGUGGAAUCAACUCGUAGUCCCUGUACUUUUCAUGGUUUUCUGGCUCGUCUUAUUUGCUCUUCAGAUUUACUCCUAUUUCAGUACUCGAGAUCAGCCUGCAUCACGUGAGAGGCUUCUUUUCCUUUUCCUGACAAGUAUUGCUGAAUGCUGCAGCACUCCUUACUCACUUCUGGGCUUGGUCUUCACGGUUUCUUUUGUUGCCUUGGGUGUUCUGACACUCUGCAAGUUUUACUUGCAAGGUUAUCGAGCUUUCAUGAAUGAUCCUGCCAUGAAUAGGGGCAUGACAGAAGGAGUUACGCUGUUAAUCUUGGCAGUACAGACUGGUCUCAUAGAACUACAGGUUGUUCAUCGGGCAUUCCUGCUCAGUAUUAUCCUCUUCAUUGUUGUAGCUUCUAUCCUACAGUCAAUGUUAGAGAUUGCAGAUCCAAUUGUUUUGGCGCUGGGAGCAUCUAGAGACAAGAGUUUAUGGAAACACUUCCGUGCGGUGAGCCUUUGUUUAUUUUUACUAGUGUUCCCUGCUUAUAUGGCUUACAUGAUUUGCCAGUUUUUCCACAUGGAUUUUUGGUUGCUUAUCAUUAUUUCCAGCAGCAUUCUCACCUCUCUUCAGGUUUUGGGAACACUUUUUAUUUAUGUCUUAUUUAUGGUUGAGGAAUUCAGAAAAGAGCCAGUGGAAAACAUGGAUGAUGUCAUCUACUAUGUGAAUGGCACUUACCGCCUCUUGGAGUUUCUUGUGGCCCUCUGUGUGGUGGCCUAUGGUGUCUCAGAGACCAUCUUCGGAGAGUGGACCGUAAUGGGCUCAAUGAUCAUCUUCAUCCAUUCCUAUUAUAAUGUGUGGCUUCGGGCACAGCUGGGGUGGAAGAGCUUCCUUCUCCGCAGGGAUGCUGUGAAUAAGAUUAAAUCAUUACCUAUUGCUACAAAAGAGCAGCUGGAGAAACACAAUGAUAUUUGUGCCAUCUGUUACCAGGACAUGAAAUCUGCUGUGAUCACACCUUGCAGUCAUUUCUUCCAUGCAGGAUGUCUCAAGAAAUGGCUGUAUGUCCAGGAGACCUGCCCUCUGUGCCACUGCCACCUCAAAAACUCCUCCCAGCUUGCAGGGUUAGGAACGGAGCUGGUUCCACAACCUCAUGCUGGAGCUGAGCAACACAUCAUGCUUCAGGAAGGUACUGAACCUCCAAAUCAAGAGCAUCCUCCAGGGACUGGGAUGCAGGAAGGUUCUAGGGACAAUAACGAAUGCAUUGUCACACGAUCAGAUAGCCAGGAAGGGACUUGUGAUCCUAAGGAAUAUCGUGUUAGUGCAGAAGAUGAAGUAUGUCCUGUUGAGGUCAGCCCAGAAGAAAAGAAGCAGAAGUAA